UAGACGCAUUUUAGUCCGUUCUUGUCCAGGUUCUAAGAACAUGUUGCAGCUGUCACUGGCCCUGCUGCUUUUUGUGGCUCUCUUUGCCAGCCUUGAGACAGCCCCAUCCUCAUCGUCUGGAGUUAAUCAAGAGAAAUUUGUGCGAGUCUAUGAAAUCAAUGAGGAGCAGUACGAGCGGGUAUUGCAGCUGACCAAGGGCAAGAAUGUUAUAUCUGAAGCUCGGUUAAUCAACGGGGGCUUUGCCACCGUAAGUGAGACCUUGAGUUCUGGCUGGAACUCUCUUCUGAGAAUUGUGGGCCUCACCACCCUCAGCAGAGCCGAAGAGGCCGAGAAGUUUGACUUUGAUGGCCAGCCAUUGUGCCUUAUCAAAACCCGAGAAGGCGAAGGCAGGGACGAGGAUGUCACCUCCGCUAGGAGCUCGGGAAAGGCCAUCGAUGCUGAAGAAGAAGAUUCUGCCAUUCACUGCAUUGUGGUUCUAAAGAAGGACGGCGAUUUCGAGUUGCCAAGCCAGGAACCUCAGGCAAAUUUUGCUCCUUAUGGAAUCAAACCUCAGACCGCUAAUCCUGUAGAGGAAUCCCCUGUUCAAGAUCAACGUGAGGAAGUUGUUGAGGAGGAAGAGGCUGAUGAGAAAACUACACCAGCUCCUUUAAGGAAGAAGAAGGUUAACAAGAGCACCUAUCCAAAGGCAUCCCUUUCAGAGGACGAUGCGGAUGGUUCUCGCCAAUAUCCAAGUGGUUACCCACCUCUGCCCCCACAAUAUGGAACUCCCUAUCCAACCCAGCCCUAUGGAGGUUAUCCUUACAGUCCCUAUAUUAACCCUCAACCUUAUCCAAAUCCUCAGCCAUUUGGUCCUCAGCUCCCUUACGGACCUUCACCAUAUGGACAACCAUCUUAUGGACCAUAUCCCCAACAACCCUAUGGGCCCCAGCCACCCAUUGGUCCCUAUAAUCCCCAGCAGUACUAUAGUGCUUAUGGCUAUCCCUACUUGGAUCAAAACCAGUUGGCUCAAGCAAAUGCUAUUAAGGAAGUAGAGAAGGCAGAGGCUGAUGACGACGAGGAGGAAGAUGAAGACUCCUACGAGACGGACGAGGAAGAUGAUUACCGCUAUAAGAAACGUUAUCAAUCCUACAAACCUGUGUACCUAAACCAAGCUUACAGUUACCAAUAA